CCAUAGACAGAAUAUUGUAGAUUGAGGGCUGUCAAAACUUUAACUACGAUUUUAUUUUAAUUUAUUUUUAUUGCAACUGGUAACAGUUUCAGAAUAAGCAGAAUAAUCUGUCACUUUUUAUUGUCCUUUUUGUAAGGAGAACAUGGAUAUUUUCAAUUUCGUAGUUUAAUACUAAUAAUGGCUUCAUCGGUGCAAAACAAUCGAGUAUCUUCUCCUGGAUAUUGUGUGUGUUGUAGAACGUGCAAUAUGUGGUGUUGGAGAGCUUUUAAAUGGCUCCCAGUAUUGUUAAUAGUGUCUAUUAUAACUUGGUCUUAUUAUGCCUACGUUAUCCAAUUGUGCAUUUUUACCAUUGAGAGUACGGUUCAACAGUGUAUCUAUUUGGUGUUAUAUCAUAUUCUUCUGAUUAUGUUCGCGUGGUCGUAUUGGCGGACUAUUUUUGCAGAAAUCAAACCAAUUCCUGAGACGUUUAAAUUACCAGAGGCUGAAUUAGAAAAAUUAUUGAGCGCAGAAACCGAAGAUGCGCAGCGGUCUAUAUUGGAUAACUAUGCCAAAGACCUCCCCAUAGUUACCAGAACGAUGUCUGGAUCGGUUCGCUACUGCAACCGGUGCGUACUGAUCAAGCCGGAUCGUGCGCACCACUGCAGUAUAUGCGCCCGCUGCGUGCUCAAGAUGGACCACCACUGCCCGUGGGUCAACAACUGCGUCUGCUUCUUCAACUACAAGUUUUUCAUGCUCUUCCUCGGCUAUGCUCUCUUUUACUGUAUAUUCAUCAUGGCCACGUGUCUACCUUACUUCAUUAAGUUCUGGAAGAUGUAUGAGGAAUACAAGUAUGCCCACUGCGACCGUUUGAUUCAGAAAGGCUCUGUUUCUAAAAUAUGCAUGGAAAUGAUUAACGGCGACUUUGGCGCAGCAGCGAGUGCGGGCCGCUACCACAUAGUAUUCGCGUUCUUCGUCGCUCUCAUGUUCGCCAUAUCGCUGGGAUCACUCUUCGGUUACCAUUGUUACCUCGUUAUCAAUAAUAGGACUACUCUAGAGGCGUUUAGGGCGCCAAUGUUCCGCGGAGGCGCUGACAAAAACGGCUUCUCUAUAGGAGCCUUCAACAACUUCAAAGAAGUCUUCGGGAACAGCCCUAACCUCUGGCUGGUACCAGUGUUCACUAGCCUCGGAGACGGGUGCGAAUUCCCCGUCCGUCGCGAACAUCAGCUCCAGACAUUUACCACGGCCCAGGAAACUCAUGGGUACGAAUCCAUGGGCACUACGCGGUCAAGCACGGAGAUGGGCCACGAGACUGAGAGAUGGAGAUUGUGCCCUAGAAAGGGCAGGACCGUCCCGCAAAUAGUAUAAGGAAACAUUUUCCAUUUCGCUAUAUUUUAUUACGAUUACGAUAUAUAUAUAUAUAUAAAUAAAUCCGUUCGACUAAUUAAAUUUGCUUUUCAUUCAUUGGCGUCAUCCAACCUUUUUGAUAACGAUUCCAAAUUAAUGUCAUUCACUUCUUUUUUUUAUGAAGGUAGUUAGCAUCGUAGGUUAUAUAUAUUGCAUGCUACGUAGACACGGCUACACAUCCAGCUUUACAUAACCAGUAUAAACUGAACGUUAAAUGUACGGAAAGAUGAUGCGACGCGACACCAGGAUAAACUGGUUUUGUAUAGAUUGAUGUGUAGCCGUGUGUACGAUUAGGAUGCUUUGUCGUAGAUACGGGUGUGCGCAAAAUGACAAUUGAUUUGCGCUUGUAUUUAUAGAUUUCGUAACGCGGUAGAGGUAUUUUAAGGGGAGUUAUGGCGUUGAAUUUACAAAGUUGUAAUGAUGAUUUAUUUUGUAUAUUGGGCAGUACAGUCUAUAAGGUUUACAUAUAUCUGUUACCCGAUUCAAGGAUGCUCGUGAUCUGCGUUCACUAAUCUAUAUACUUAAAUAAAAAUGUAUUUCCAUUCGUCUCGCUAAAACCCGAGGAGAACGUCUGAACUGAUUUGGCUAAUUUUGAUCUUGAAAUACCAUACCAUGUAAAUAUUUUUAAGGUUCCAUGCUCAAAGGUUAAAACGGGAACCCGCCCUGUUUGUCACCAGGAUUGUAUCUCAUGAAAAGUGAUGGUUCGACAGUUGGAAUUUAGAAAGAAUACAACAGUUUACAGUUUAUUUUCUAUACAUAAAAGUCGCUAAUGCUGUUUGUUACCCGAAUGAAUGAACGAAUGGUACGGAUCCAGUUCGUGCGAGAGUCCGACUAGCACUUAUUAAGCCAGUUUUUUUUUAAAUCAGUUGAAUUAUUUUUUUAAAAAUACUAGUCUCAGAAUUUUGACUUAGUAAUUGCUUCGUGACAAGGUUUACCCUUUACCCGUUGCGAGCCAGAACGUAGAUCUGCGCGAGUAAGAAAAUGCAUUAAGUUGACAGUUGUAUUUUCCAUUGUGUCUUACGUACGGCAUUCAAGAAGUUUAAUAUGUAAUGAAUGGGUAAUAAUUGGAGUUCCAUAGUCUCUGCCUACCCCCAUGGCAGACGGGCGUGAGGUAUGUAUGAAUGGGUGAUUGGGUACAGAGUAAUUUGAACAAUAUGAAGCUAAUUGAACUGUGCGUUUUGAUGUUAAUUGUAUUUGCAGUUCCAUCCCAUACCUAUAUAAUUGGGAUAUCAAUAUAUUAUAUAAGUCACCUGAAAUGAAUUAUCACGGAGUUUUGUUCGAUAGUAUAGAUUUGAUAAACAAAAUUUCACAUUAGACUGUCUGCCCUAACAGAAUAGGUUUUCAUUAUACCUUUUAAAGACAUCGUCAUAAACUUAUACCCUGCGUCGUAGGAGUAAUAAUAGUUUUAUUUAUUUCUACUACUGUCACUAACAUUUUCAUUUAGAAGCUUUAAGCUGUGAUUAAUAUUAAGCAAUAACAUCUGCAACAUAAGUUUACUACAAAUAUCAAAAAAUACCAAGUUUCUAUACCAUUUAAGUCUGUGGUCUUAGUUUCGUUUUACAUUUAAACGAAUCGAAACGAGACCGCAUUCGACGUUCUGAUUUGUUGGUUUAUUGCAGCCGGCCAAUCAGAGCACCGAACCCGGUUUUGUUUUGAUCGAGAAACUCAUACUAAACCCGUUCAUUUGUCUUCUCUGUUAAUUUUGGUGUCUUGAAAGAUAAAGUUCAGUUAUCACACUUUUGUCUUUCAACAAUGAAUUUUUUUUAUAAAUAUACCUAUAAUAUUUUUCAAGCAUAUUAUGAAUUUGUAGAAAUAUGGCUUAAACAUCUUCAUGACAUACUCUUUUAAACCUAAUAAUUAAUUACAUAUUAUUCGCCAAUUUAAUAUAUUAAACGUAAAUAGGUACCUAAUUUAUGUUUGAAUUGUCAGUUUUAUACAACAUUCAGUCAUACAAUAUUGCACUUAAUUUUUGUAUAAAGAACACAAAAUUGCUUACAACCACGGUAGGUAAAUACGCUUGCUUUCCCACUAUUUUUAUAAGACCAAAUAGCAUUCCUUUUUUUAACUAAACCACUAACACCAACUGCACGACGUGAUUCAAUGUGAUCAACAUAAUGAAUGAAAUC